UGUAGAAUGUCCUGAUUCCUCCCCUUGGCUUGCCAGCACCUCCUCCACCCUCCCUGUCCCUUUUCUCAUUUCACCUCCCCAUUCAGACCUCUCUGUGUAAAUCCUGCCUCCUGGUUUUCAGUCUGCCUCACUGUAGCAUGGUGAAAGCAGAGAGGGAGGCAGAGAAAAGCUAUCCAAAAAGCAACUGGAUGAUCAGAGCGAAGAGAGGACCUAGGGAAGCAGUGCACAACUGCGAUACUUCCCAAGUCACAGCUGCACACUGUCACACAUGGAGGGGAAAACAUGGCUAGGAUAAAAAAGGGCUCCCCACAAUGAGGACCUGCACAGGAUUUAAUAGGGAUCACUGUAUUUAAAAAGAAAAAAAGAACUGGACCUAUACUGGAGUGGCACAGUGGUUGGCGGAUCGCUACAACCUUUCAUUUCGGAGGAUUCUUGACCCCUAUCUGUCUUCAUUGAUGUUGUUUCCUUAGGAUUUGGCUAGCCAAGGCAUCAUCGCAGGAUAACGUGUAGGGCGAUCUGCAAUGCCCUUUGCCAAGCGGAUUGUUGAGCCCCAGUGGCUGUGUAGGCACGCUGUCGCCCAGGUCGAAGGGAGCUGCUCCAGGGAUCAGGGGGAUGAGCAGCGGCAGCACCACCGGGGGAAUUCGAGGGAAGAAUUAUCGGCUAAUGUGGCACCUUCGGCGCAGGUGCCCUCGGAGGAGAGGGAAUCCUUGCCCGUUGAAAAGAAGGAUAAAGAUGUGUCAACUUUGGAUUUGUGCGCGAUCAGCAACGUUGCGAUGUCGCGGAUCUUACGCCAGCUUUCGGAUAUGGCCAGGCAUGCCUGCUCCAUAUUCCACGAUCUCGAAGCAGAAAUUCAGGUCACUGCCAGGCGUGUACGGGCGCUGCAAGGAAAAAUCGGUACUGUCCAGCAGGUUGUCAUCAGCUUGGAUCCGAAGCAGGAGACCGUGCCUGUCUCAAACUUGGAUGCAGAAAGCAAGCUGAGCGUGUAUUACAAGACAACUUUGCACCAGCAGAGGAACAUCUUCCUGCCAACCACUAGACCACCUUGUGUAGAGGAGCUCCAUCGCCAUGCCAAGCAAAAUCUGCGUUCCAUGCGUAGAGAGCAUCGUGCACGAGCAGACAACAGAGAAAGGCGGUUCAUGGGCUCUGUUUUUGUUGCUCCUCCUUUUCCCUCCUACCCUUCAGCUCAUACUCUAAAGAGAAGAGAGGUAAAGGAACAUCACCAUCUACCAUUUAACAGAACCCGUCCAUCCUCCCCUACUGAAUGUUGCCAUUUGACCCCAUGGAGUAGAAAGACUCAUCCACCACAGGAUGAAGAUGAAAUGGUUUUAGGACAGAGGCCAAAAAAUCCAAUUCCUAAUGUUCCAUCAACAUUGGAUAAACAAACCAACUGGAAUAAAGAAUUGCCUCUGCCUACCCCUGAGGAGAAGAUGAAACAGGAGUCCCAAGUGGUUACAUCAUGCAUUAUACCCAUCAAUGUCUCUGGUGUUGGUUUUGAUAGAGAAGCAAGUAUACGUUGCUCCCUAGUUCAUUCACAAUCUGUUCUGCAGAGAAGACGGAAAUUGAGGAGAAGAAAAACCAUAUCAGGAAUUCCCAGAAGAGUGCAACAAGAAAUAGAUUCAGAUGAGUCUCCUGUAGCACGGGAGCGGAAUGUUCUAGUUCACAACCCUGAGCUUGCAAACUCUUCAAAUAGAAGAUCUGGAACCAGAGAUACAGAGUGCCAAACUGAGGAUAUUCUUAUUGCUGCUCCAUCAAGAAGAAGAAUUCGAGCUCAGAGGGGUCAAGGAGUGGCAGCAUCGCUCUCACAUUCUGCAGGAAACAUUGCAGCUUUGACUGAGAGUGGUGAACAAAUAUUCACCACAACAGUGUCCAAUCGAAUUCGUUCACGUAGUCUUCCCAGAGAAGGUGCUAGAACAAGUAAUGAUCAUGAUAGAAGUGCACAAUCUUCUGGUUAUAAAGAUGAUUGCUAUAUAACCAGCUCAGAGAGGACAUUAAAGAAGAAAGACAACCAUUUUAACAGUGAAGAUUCCCCAGAACACCAACUUCUGGGGUUAUCAUAUUCUCACCAUAGCCCUCAGCUGAAUGAAAGGGGGAGAUCAAGGCUAUCAAGAAUGGUUGAUUCGGGCAGCUGUGACAUUUCAUCAAAUUCUGACACAUUUGGAAGCCCUGUUCACUCUAUUUCCACUACAGGAGUUUUACUGAGCACACACAUAGAUCAUAAGGAUGAUCAUCAGUCAUCCAGUGGAAACUGGAGUGGAAGUAGUUCCACAUGUCCAUCCCAGACUUCAGAAACAAUACCUCCAGCAGCAUCCCCUCCACUAACUGGCUCUUCUCAUUGUGAUUCUGAAUUAUCUUUAAAUACUGCUGCCAAUGCGGGUGAAGACUCAAAUGUAUUUAGCAUUGAACAAUAUAAUGACGACCACUUAGACUGCCUUAGAGGACACAGGGCAAGCUCAUUUACAUCAACUGUUGCAGAUCUGCUUGAUGACCCAAACAGCAACACAAGUGACAGUGAAUGGAAUUAUCUUCACCAUCACCAUGAUGCUUCAUGUCGUCCAGAUUUCAGCCCGCAGCACUUAAAGGGAGAUGGUUUAGGUUGUCCAAGUUUUACCAGUCUUGGAACAUAUGACAGUUUUCUUGAAAAGCCUGCCUCAGAGAAAGCAGACACAGGAUCUCAUUAUUCUGUAGACACUGAAGGAUAUUACACCUCCAUGCAUUUUGACUGUGGUCUUAAUGGUAAUAGGAGUUAUAUAUGUAACUAUGCACCGUCAGGGACUGAGAAUGAACAGGACACUGGAAUGUCAUCCAUGAGUACAGACAGCGUUUGGCAACAUUAUGUGGAUCACAGUAAACAAGGAAUACAGAAUAUGUCAUUGAAAAAACCAAAGGCAAAGCCUCCACCACCAAAACGAUGCUCAUCUUUGAAAAAUUCUGACGACUACACAGAUGUUCUUGAGAAGAAAGAACCAAAGAUAACCAGCACACAACAAGUGCUUCACACCUCCAGGGAAAUGAAAUUGCCACUUGAGACUUCAAAUGUACCCUCUAGAGUGGAAAACCUGUCUCCACCAAAUCAACAGGAUGUUGCUUGGGUCAAUCAGGAUGACCAUGAUGAAAAAAAUACACCAUUUAUUAACCCAGACACUGCAACUUUCAAAGAUGAGGGAAGUGAACCGCCUCAAUAUGCAGAUCUAUGGCUCCUCAAUGACUUGAAAUCAAGUGAUCCUUAUAGGUCGUUAUCAAAUUCGAGCACUGCUACAGGUACAACCGUCAUAGAAUGCAUCAAGUCUCCAGAAAGUUCAGAAUCACAGAACUCACAACCUGAAUCCAGAGCCACCACUCCUUCUCUUCCCUCAGUUGAGAAUGAAUUUAAAUUAGCCUCACCAGAAAAAUUGGCAGGGUUGGCAUCACCAUCAAGUGGCUAUUCCAGCCAGUCAGAAACACCUACUUCAUCUUUCCCUAUACCUUUUUUCUGUGGACCAUUGUCACCUGGAGGUGGUAGGAGAAAACCAAAAGUUCCAGAAAGGAAAUCCUCUUUACAGCAUCCUUUAAAGUCUGGCAAUGUUUUCUUAAGUAAAGAACUAGAACUUCCAACUAUACCUCCUAGUCAUCUUGACCUAAGUGCUCUUCAUGUGUUACAUAGACCAUUGCCAUACAGACCACAGGUAAUUGCUUUCAGUCAUACCAAUCAAAAUGUGUCAGAGGAUGAACUGAAUCCAAAUUCUUCUCCAGCCCUUGCCAUAACACCUUCAGUGCUGAAAUCUGUACAUCUGAGGUCUGUCAACAAGCAUCACAGGGACUCUAGGCAUAAAGAAAGCACUAACAUCUUAUGUACCCAGGAUCCUACAAUAAUUGUGGAUACAUAUCCCCAUGAGAAAACACCUGUAUUAGCACCUAAGAAAUCAAUAAUACGUCAGUUCUCCACUGAAGAAGCAAUGCUUCCCUACAUUGAUGCAUCGCCAGUUGACACAAGCCCCGAAGCGUUUUUUCAAGCAACUUCCCUUUUUACUGGACAUGGUUUAUAUAAACCUGAAAUGCCACCACUUUUGAUCACUAGAACUAAAAAAGAUGAUGCGGAGAAACACCAUAAAUAUCGACCUGAAGAAAUAAUAGAGGAAACUAUUUUCACAGCAAACCCAGAAACAAUAACAAAGUAUGUGCAAGAUUACUCUGUAGAUAGCAGUGAUUUUGCAAAUGAUCAAAAGAGUCAGACUAAAGGGGAAAUUAAAGCAGAGUAUGUGUUACAAGUAAAGUGUGGCCCAUUUACUAUGAAAGAACCGGUUAAAGGAAUCAACACUGUAUUUCAUGUACAAGACAAUGUUUCUGAUGUAUCUCAGUUGUCCAGUGAACCUGUCUUAAGCAACAGUGACAAAGUGCCUGGAAAUACUCUACGCUUUGAAUCAGAAAUAUCCACUUUAAAUCGACUCAGUGACGAUUGUCCAGAGCAGGAAUUUGAAAUCGUAUCAGGUAUUCCAACCAAAAGUGCCUCAGAAGAUAGCAGGUCAGAAGAUACAUCAGAAAGCUUGGAUGAUGCCUCUUGGAAAGAUUCCUCAGUAAGCGAGGACUCUCUGAUAUCACCAAUGAGUGAGGAUUCCGAUGAUGUCUUUUUGUCACCUAACAGGCCCCGUACUACCGAAGAUCUUUUUGCAAUUAUACACAGAUCUAAACGAAAAGUUCUGGGAAGAAAAGAUUCUGGAGAGGGUGCAGCAAAAAACAAAACAAGAGUUUUACCUGGAUCGCCCCAGCAAGCAACGCCAGCAAUUUCUCAAAGAACUGCUAGUCUCAUCUACAGAAAUGCCAAAAAGUCAAACACAUCAAAUGAAGAGUUUAAGUUACUGCUCCUUAAAAAGGGCAGCAGAUCAGAAACCAGUUACCGUAUGUCAGCUACUGAAAUUCUGAAGAGCCCAGUAACUCCAAAGUCACUUGGUGAUUUUCCCCUAGAGUCUAAUUCUAGUUUUGAAGAACCUUUACAAUCAUCACCUGGCAGUGAUGCAUUUUCCCCAGUAUCACCUUCCACUCCUCGAUCCAUGUCAGAAGGAUUUACUUUAAAAACUGCUGCUUCAAGAGUAGGAAGGUCCCGUGUGCCUCCUGCUGCAAGCAGCAGUCGUUAUAGUGUCAGGUGUCGGCUAUACAAUGCCCCAAUGCAGGCCAUCUCUGAAGGUGAGACAGAAAAUUCAGAUGGCAGUCCUCACGAUGACAGAUCAUCACAAAAUUCUACGUAGGACUAUACAUUUUGCAACUUCUGGAUUGCCACAAAACAUUAUAGACACAUUGCUGGUCAUUAUUUAAAAUAAUUUAUAUAAAAGCCAACAGGAGGAAAAAAAUCCCUGCAAAUUCACAAAUUUGCUGUAAAGUUGGACAGAGAAGAGAAUUGGUUCCAAUUAACAUUUCCUGGAAAAAAUAUCCUGCCUUGGAAUACACUUUUAUUGUAUAGGAAACAAUUGCAGGGUGCUCUAAACAUUAAGGGUGUAGAACAGCACUGAUGAAAAACAAACAGAACAGACUAAAGAAAAUAUUAGUGCAAUUAUUCACCAUUUACUAUUCUAUUAAAAUGGCAUUUUAUUGUGAUUACCUAAGCUAAGCUUUUGUUUAAAAAUAGUAACUGUUGAUCUAAUAAAUCCACAUUGAUGGGGAAGUAAUAGGAAAAUUAUGUUGCUAUGGAAUAACUACUCAUAUUGUAAAAAAACAAAACAAUGCUGACAUAUUUCUUUGCUGAAGUGCUUCCCUGGGAACUAAGCAGAUGAGAAAAAAAGGAAAUAAUUCUUGAAAUAGGUAUUUUUGUACAAAAAUUAAAAUAAGUAAGCUUUCAAAAUAAUGAAAAGAGAUUGUAAAUAACUUAUUUUUGAUAUAUUUGUAAAUAGGAUUAUUAACUAAAAGUGGAUAUGCAGCCAAUCAAAUAAAAGGCAUUAAAAAACCUGAAAAAUAUGUGUAAUGCUCAUGAAUAACGUGUUGCAGCACAAAAGGAAUCCAAGAUGAAGUCAUGAAAGUUAAAUUCUAGUUGUAUUCUGUGAAUACCAUCUGCCCUGUUCUGCAUCAUGGUAAUACUGGACAUGACCGUUAUUAGCAAAGAUAAUAAUUAACAGCCUCAAGCAUUUUUUUACAUUUUUAAAUAAUCAUUUUUAAAGGUGUUUUUAUGUAGAACUUAAUUUCAAAGUACUGUAGCAUUUAUUGAACCUUUCAAGUUUAUCAUCAUUUUAAACAGCAAAUCCAAUGAAAUCUGGAAGGGUGCUUUCUUCUUAAGAAUCUGAACUAAAAUGAGUUAUUCUCAAUCAAUAUUAUCAGUUUUAUAAUGGGUAACAAACGAUAGGUGCAAUGACACAAAGGGAACCAAUCUAGAGGUCAUCCCAAGUGUUAAGAUGGCAUCAAGCUAUAAUAUUGAGGAAAAAAUGCACAAUAUGUUAAGGGAAUAACCUUGAUGCAGGGUCUUCUGAAUAUGACCUGAUGCCUUUUGCCUAUGUAAGUAGACAAAGUUAUUAAAGCAGCACAAAUAGCAACAUUGAAAUGUAGCAACAAGUUAAAAUGAUCUCCUAAUUGCUAUGACUACAGUAAAUAUGCAACUCAUUGGUUGUUAAAAUAUUUGCUGUUGGUACUGCUUUACAGAAAAAGCCUGCAAGAGUUGCUGCUGUUUUUUUUUUUUUUUUUUUCAAGUUCUGAACUGUGUUAAUAAUUUGAAGGGAAUAUAUAUUUACAAAGGCUCCUUAUUAUUUAACUUAAUCAAGAGUGUAGCGAGAUUGCCAGUUGAUGGGAUUGAAAGCACUUGAAGCUUCCAGUCCUCUAUUCUGAAAAAUAAUAUUUGUUAUAGGAUUGAGAUUGUCUGCAGUGAAUAUUUGCUAGGAAUACUGAAGGGAGAUGUUUAUUUUAAAAAUAGCAAACAUCAUAAAGUUGUAGCAUGUCUUUUUUUUUCUUGUAUAUGUGUACCCAAUUAUCCCUACUAGUGAAUAAAAGGUGCUUUUCUGUAUGGCUGAAUUAAAACCUUGUUGCAUAUGCUCCAGUACAUUUAGUGGAAGUGCCAUUAAAUAGUUAAAAAGAACUGUGACAAACUGCAAAGGAGCACAACAAAAAAAGAAACGCACAUGUAAAAAAAAAAAAAAAAAA